AUGAAAGGCGCUCGUGAGAAUCAACUGCUCCAUGUUUUACAUCUCGAAGUGCCCUUUGAGACCGCUCAGCAGGCGCAAAUCGCCUCCAAAGUUCUGACACCAGACCCCAUUUUAAAGCCGCAGGAUUUCCAUGUUCAAUACUCCUGCAAGCACUCAGUUUUACAUCUCGAUUUCGAAAGCAUUGACGAUCGAGUACUUCGAGUUGGCGUGAGCAGUGUUAUUGAGAGCGUUAAAACCAUUCUGGAGACAAUUGACGAGUUUAAGUAG